AUGUCUGACCAGAGAUUUAAGUACUGCAAUGAUCGCUUCGACGACCUAUUGAAAGCCAUCUCAAAAUUUGCAGAGAACAUAGAGCAGAACAGACAAGGACUUGACUUCGCUGUAUGCGAGAGUUGGGAAUACUGGGAUCAACAAGCUAAGCAACAAAAAGGGCGUUUAUCCAAGCUACAGGAAUACAUCGGAAAAACCUACGAUUUGUUAGAGGACCGCGGUAGGUACACAUCAUAUCCAACGUUGGUAGCGAGGAAGAGAGCGGUCGAUGAGAACUAUGACAAGAUAAAUGAAUCAAUGAAGGAGUUUGAUCAGCUCUGUAGAGAGCAAUGUGAGUUGGAUCCAGAAUGGCCCCGGUAUCGACAAAGACCACAGCGUCGACAUUAA